UUUCCGACUCGCUUUUUUGAGGAAUUUUUGUGAAUUUUGGAAUAAUUUCGUGCGAUUCGAGAGCAAAUUAGCAUCAUUAGCAACGACUGCAGCUAUUCCCAUCGGAAAAGUGCCGAGAAAGUGGAAAACCGUGGAAAACUGCACUCAGAAGACGUUUAAAUUUUCCGGGCUCCCGUGAACUGAUUUUUUGUGUGAUGAAACGAGUGCCGUGCUUGUACCUGUUCAGCGAAAAGUGUCCCGUAUCGCGAUGAAUCGCCUUAAAUUGCAACCCCUGAAGAAGCUGCAACCCCUCGACGGAUCCCGGACAACGGCCGAUGCCAACGAGGAACCUGAGGAUCAUCGUGCACGUGGCGCCAGCAGUACUAGUGGACUCCGGUCGGUCAGCAAAAAAGGACCUGGUGGCUUGGGACCAUUGAAAACCACUGCCACUGGUGCUAGUAGUAAAUCGUCCUCCAGUUACGGAAGUCACACAUCGAAAUCGUCGGUACGGUUCCGGCUAGAGGACGAAAUCCUCGGUACUGGUGGGAGCAGCAACAGCGGCAGUGGCACCGAGGACCUCAGCAGUGGCAGUGCGACAGCGAGUAAUGCCACCCAGAGCCACAGCGCGAACGACAAUCAUGACGACAGUUUAGAGAUUAUGGAAGAAAUCGUGGUUCCGGCCGAUGACGAUGAUGGUGGAGGAAGCAGCAGUGUAAGAAGCAUCGCGGAGGAGGGUACCAGCAGCGAUCGGGAAGCCAGUGGACCGGUACCAGUGAGUGCGGGUAGUAGUGCCGCCGUUUCCGCAGUCGCCGUAAGGAAGCGCCAGUUGUUCGAUAUCGGUGGGGACGAAGAUCUGCCGGCUGGUAGUGGUGGUGGUAGUGGGGGACUGUACGAUAUCGAUCGAUUACAGUUGUCCGGUAGUGACAUUGCCCAGCAUUUCCAACCCGAAUCGUUGGCAACCGAUAGUGAUCGAAGUGAAGAAGCUAACAGUGAACCGUUGCGUGCCGGUCUUGGAUCUAAGAGUUUGGAAAAUUCGUUAAAAGUGGAUAGCAGCUAUCAAGACGAGAAAGACGAAUACUCCAUCGAUCAAGUGCUGAACGAUAUCGAUUCGGUCGAGGAAUCGGUGCGUGUGAGCCAAAGGCAAACGGAAGCACCGAAAGCGGUGCAUUUGGCGAAAGGUGUUCCACACGCGGUGAAAGAAUUAUCGCCCCUGAAGGAGGACGACGUGCUGAUAAACGAUUUCAAGGUGAAUCUGAACACGUUCCAGCCACGGUCGGCGACGCGUCCGAAUCGUAACGAUAAGGGAGCAGCGAUGAUGAUGGCCGAAAGUACGAAUCAGGACAGUGCGGACAAUAGUCUGAACACCACGAAUGAUAUUUCGGAUCUGGCCAAGGAUACGGAAAGUGAGCGUGUUGUGAGUGUUGAGUUGGAUGUGGACAGUGGACAGUCUGCAGCCGGUGAUAAGAGACGACUUGCGGUCGGAGGAAGGAGUCGCAGUGUGGAAGAAACGGUCGUUAAAGCGAAUUUAGGAAUCAAUCGGUGCGUGAGCCUCGGCCCAAUAAAGCUCACGGAUGAACGAGCGAAACCGCAAAUCCCUACGACGGUGGCGAGUGACGAUCCUAGCUCGUCAUCCUCGUCCGGAGGUGUGCCAGAAGAUUUGCGGGAAAAGAUCCUAAGCACGAGCAAGUCAUUCGAGGAGGUUAAAGCUCAAGGCGGGGACUCGCUAGUAGCAGAUAAGGUGGAUGGAGAGAAGCCAAAGCAGUCCGAAGCAGGUGUUAAGCAGAUGGAGCGAGUGACGGGCGAUUCGAAGGAAGCGCUCGAGGACAUAUCCGAAGAAUCCGAGCACACGAUUGAGCGUGACUCGGGAAGCACGGAUGAGGAGCGCUUGGCCCGGCCGCUAGCACUGCUCGAGAAGGGAAAAGAAAUGCGUACAAUUCUUGAGGAGAACCUGCUUCACCAGAAGCGCCUCAGUGUUGGCAGUACCAUCUACGAGGACAAUAAAGAGAAUAUACCCGAGGGUUCGCUAAAGAUGUCGAGCGGUGGCGGUGGCGUCGGCACUGGUGGAUAUGAGUUUGAAAGUGUCGUGAGCGUAAAAAUGUUUCAAACGAUGGAGAAUGAAGUGAGGAAGUUGCAGGAGAUGGUCGCCACCAAGGAUAUCCUGCUGGAGGAGGCAUACACGCGUACAAAGGAUGGCAGCCGAAUGGAUUCGUUGCUGCGUGAACAGCAGUGCCGAUCGGCUAACAGUGAGUCGGUUAGUUUGACCACUAACUCCACCGAGUAUCGACCGAUUCCGGGAGAGCUCGAUGCGACUACCGCGCUGGAAAAGGAUCUUCACGGGAAGAUAAUGGAGCGCAACCAGUGGAUCGAGCUGCUGUCCGAUAAGCUGCGUGAAUCGAUCCAGGACCGCAAUCAGCUACAGGCGGACGGUGAUAAGUUGACAAUGGAAGUGAUGCAACUAAAGAAGCAACUGUCGGAAGCGGUGGAAAGCAUGAAACAGAAGACGCAAUGGCCGGUAAUGACGCGCCCGGAUCAGGAAAGCACGAGCGGUCAACGCAUAUCGGAGAUUUCGAUGGAUCUAGUGAGUGAAACCGAAGACGAAGGAAUGUCCGACUUUCCGGACAUAUAUGACGAUCAGGUGCAACCUGCGGGCGAGCAGACGGGUGACAUUGCGGACCUAAACCCGAUGCACAUUCCGCUCAAGAUCUCAAAGCAGCUUGAUCAGUUCCGGCGUUAUCUGUUGCCGGAGGAGGUACGACUGUUCAAUAUGGUGCAGACAAAGUUUGAGGAUUUCUUGCGGCAAGAGCUGGACCGGGCACGCGAGGCAGGGGAAUCCGAGAAUCGACUGCUGCAGGAACAAUUGGCAGCAGAGCGCAGUGAAAAAGAACUGGAAACGAAUCGAUUACGGCAGAUGCUGGGAAGCGUAAAGGCCGGUUCGAUUGUGAUCGAUGAGUUGAGGAAGGAGCUGGAGUCCAGGCACACGCAGGAGAUGGCCGAUUUGCGUACGUACUUCGAGAAGAAGGUGGCCGAGCUGGAGAAGCACUACUCGGAGGAGGUGUUUUCGCAGCAGAGCCGCCGGUUAUCGAACGAUGAAACGGCAUCAGACAUUUCCGGGGCAGAAGAGUUUCCCGAGGAGAACGGUGGCUACCAGUCGAAGCACACGAGUCCCAGGCGGAAGCAUAAGGAGGACAUUUAUCUGAGCCCAACGCACCGGAAGAUCACGCCGACGUCGAUCGAUGCGACGGAUAUGGGCGUCGAUGAGGUGCUGGUAGUGGAGAUAGAAGAAACUCCGGAGAUUUGUCACCUGUCCAAGGAGGAAGUGAGAGAGUUUUAUCAGAGCAAAAUUAAGGAACUGAAGAAACAGCAUGAGCGCGUAUUUGCGAAUUUGCACGAAAAGCUGCGAGCAUAUGAAGUAAAGGAGCAGGAGAAGAAAUUCAUUUCUAAUCAAACGGCACCCAACAUCACUACUAUGACCACCACCACCAACCCCACACCAUCCAUCGGCACCGGGCAGGAACACUGCUCACCAUUGCUAACCAAUGCUCCGCCGGAAGCACCGGCGAAACAGGACCUAUCGGUUGCUGCGGUGACGACCGGUGCGGACGCACAGCUAACCAACUCAUCCGCUACUAACAAGACCCAGCAACGGCCGAUAACACCCGCCGAGCCGCAAGGAUCCGCGGAUGCGGAUCUACAGGAAAUCAUUGCCGGGCACGAGCGCCGCCUGCAAGAGCAGGUGGCCUUGGCCCGGCAGGAUGUGCUGAAGGAGCUGGAGUUACAGAUACAGGCCCUUCUAACGGACGCCUCUUUCGAAGACAGCCACUGGCCGCCGGAGCUCGUAUUGUUGCGCGAGAAGUUUACUGCAAAGAGCCAACUAGAAGUUGCCCAGCUGCAACUCAAACAUGAGGAAGAAAUGGCUCGUAUGAAGAAUGACUUCGAAAAGCAGCUACAGCGGAAGCUGAAACGCCAUACCACCUUCGACUCGACACGCGGUCUGGAUAAAAUCAUUAACGAACGUGAUAACCUACGUGAGCUCUCUUCUACGCUGCGCAAUGUGCUGGGCAGUUUGGCAAAGUGUUUUUCCAUUUGUGAGGAAGAUCUCAACGCAACCAUCCUGGAGGAGUUGCAGCGGUGCCAGCAUCAACAGCAGACAGCAAAUGUUUCGUUGGGAGCGAAUGCCACCGCUGACGAAAGCCAGCUAGAGCUGGCAGACUGUACCGUGACGAGUGAAUUGAAUCUCACCGAUCUUUCCUUCUUGUCGUCCUGUAAGCUGUUUAAGUUUGCUCCCGAUGUUUCGGGGAUCAUAUCAAUCAUCGACGAUCCAUCGCUGGUGGAGUAUGUGACGACGAGACAGCGCGACGGCGAUGAUCCCGAAAAUGUGUCGCUCAAUCUGGAGGAAUGUAUGGACCGGUUAAAGGCGGAAGCACUCAGCCUGCUCGCGCUGUCGGAGCGUUUGAAGCAAAAUGCCCUCGCAUCCACGGAAAAGGAUAGUACCGAGUCCAAGAACAAAGUGUCCGAAAAAAGUGACAGUUGCGAGGAAGAGGAUGGUCUGAAGCGAACCAAAGCAAAGCCAGCCACAAUGGAGGUGACCCGUUCGUUCGAUGAGCAUAUGGUACGGGAGGUGGCAUCCGUGGCUUCCAAUGCAAGCCAUAGCCUUCCCGGCGAUCUGGCGGGGCUUCAGGUCACCGGUGAGCUCAAUCUGCAGCUACAUGAGCUAAAAAACCGUUUGGUCAAGGCGGAAGAUGAGCGAAAGUUGCUCGAGAACGAGUUAGCGGAAGCGCGUAGCAAGCAGAACAGUUUGGUGAGCGAACUAUCUGAAGCGAAGCAACACUUGCUGGAGUUGAACAGCCAACGGGUUGAGUUUAGCGAAGGUUACGGCACUAACGCCCUACUACCGACGGUCAAACGUACGAGCAAUUCAUUCGUCGAGUUGCAGGAGCGAGCCAAGGCGAUGCUGAGCAGUGCUGCCGUUGACAGCAGUAAUGCCGAGGAUCAAACGUUCGAAGGACAUUCCGUACUGCUGCAAAUGGUGGAAGACUUUUGCCGCGAGGGCGAACGCUACAUGGAGGAUGGCAAACGAGAUCGACAGGAUCUUCAGCUGCAGAUUGAGGCUGCCGAUAAACAGCUUAAAGCUACGCGGCAGUUCCUCGAAGAUCAGGCGGCUGAACGUGAGCAGGAACGUGACGAGUUCGUAAAGGAAAUCGAACGACUACGAGGUGCCAUUCGUGAGAAGGACAAGGAGCGGAUAAACUUCGACCGAACUACCAAAGAGGAAGGAUGCGUGAGCAACUGCAGAUUUGCAAAAGACAAUGUGACCGUAUCUGCAAAAUUGGAGUCCGCGGAGCAGCAGAUGAAGGAGCUAACCGCACAGAUCGCCGAACGAGACGAGCGGGUGCGCAAGAUGGAGACGGAUCUGAAGGAUUCCAUCGAUAAGGGGUUUACACUGCGGGAAAUCAUCGCCGAGCUGGAGACACAAAUCGAAAGCAAGACAAUCAACGAGCACGUGCUGGAAACGAAAGUGAAGGAGCUCGAGAAGUACAUCGAUGUGCAGAACCGCCAGAAUGAAUCGCUUCAGCAGGAGAUGGAAAGCUUCAAGGCAGAUAUGGUGGUCCGGGGGUACGACGAGAAGAUUGCAAAGCUAGAGGAGGAACUGCGGCAGCGGCAACCGUCGGCAGAGCAGGGCAUCGUGCUGCAAGCACUCAUCGUACAGCUGCAUGACAUUGAGGAAACGCUGGAGCGUAAGACUAAGAAUCUGGAAACGCUCAACUCGACCUCGGGUGCUUCGCUUGGGUGCAGCAGUCCAUCGGAGGAUAUCUCGGUGAAUCAGGACAGUCCGCUGCACCGCAGAAAGAAAUCAGCAUCAUCUGGCGGUGGAGCAGGUGCGGAGGGAGGUGCUGGAGGCGAAGAAAAGCCAGCCAUUCCGCCGCUGCCGGUUGAUGAAGUGCAACGGAUAUUCGAUAAGCUGCAUCGCCAUUCGCGAAUCGAGGAUGUGGCCAUCAAGCGGAUCAACGAUCUCGAGAUGCAGAUUACCAAUAUCAGAAGUGCUUAUGCGGAACUGCAGCACGAGCGCGAUGUGUUGCAGGAGAAAAUGUCUGAACAGUCGCUCAAGAUUUCCACUCUCCAGACGAAGCUAGACGAGCAGCGGUUACGGGCUGAAGAGUUGCAUCGUCAAGGUACCUCCCAGCUCACGGUGAAAGUUCACGACCUGCAGAAUGAGCUACAGAGCCUAAAGGAAACGCUGCAAUCGCGUGACAAACAGAUCGUUAACCUAAAGCUGUACCUGGAGAACAGUCAACAGGCCAUCGCCCGACAGGAGAAGGAGCUGGCGAUGACGCACGAUGAUCACGCCGGGCGUGCACUGCAGGACUGGGAGCGGCUCGAGGCGGAGCUGCGUGCGAAGGAGGAAGAAGUACGAUUGCUGAAGGAGCGCAUCAAGAAUGAAAUGAUCAGUAAAGCCGCCCUACCCGAUCUGAUGGAAACGAUGUUGGCUGACAAGAACGAGGAAAUAGACCACCUAAAGGAACGGUUGGCCCAGUAUCAGCCUCAACAGCAACUGCAGCAGCAGCAACAGCAGGACUUACCAGUAGAAUUACUGAAGCAGCUGAACGAACCGUCCAACAUGGCGAAAGACGAUGAUGGUGGUCGAACGCUGAGCGACGUCGUAUCGAUUACCGAUUACGAUGAAUCGGAUAUGGUGAUGCGCAGGAUACCGGAACAGAGCACGAUGGGAGGUAUAAUGGCGGCGCACAGCAUUCCGAUGGACUCCGGUGGCUCGAUGCAACCGAAUCAUUCCAAACAAUCGUCCCCAGCGCUGGCUGGCGGUGGUUUUCUCAGCACCCAUGAUUCGUCGAUGAUGAAUUCCAUUCCGUUGCGUUCGAAUUUCUUCCAUGAUGUGUGCUCGGCCGUCCCGCGAUUGCCCGAUCACACCCGCAACAGUGCUCCUACACCCGAGUACGUACCGCGACAAAUCAAUUUUUCGUUGGCCGAUGAAGCAUCCUCACCACAGAUGUUAAUUCUGCGGCAAUCGGCACCGCUGCCGGCUUUAAUGUUUUGCGGUACCGCAGGUGCUGAUGCAAUCGCACCACGUCCACUAGUUCGCACCGAGAACCAGCAGCAAGCCGUGAUCGAGGAAAUAUUUGAGGCUGACGAUGUACCGGUUGUUGGUGCAGGAAAGGCUGAUGGUACCGCGCAGGAAGAGAAGAUACGCCUUGAAAGUGAGGUCGAGUCGUUAAAGCUGAGCUUAGAUAGGGUUGUCAGCGAGAAGAACGAAAUGGCCGAUCGGUUGCAUGCGGAGCUGCAGGAGAAAAUCGAAAAGAUUGCUGAUCUGCAGGUGGAGCUUGCUGCUCGCAACAAGCUGUACGAUGAGUUAAUGCAGGAGAAACGUGAGCUGCGGGACGAGAUAGAGAAAGUGAAGCAAGAGCUCAAUCAACUCGACCAGCAAUCGCGUGAUAUGCAGCAAAAGGAUGCCGAUUUGAGGGUGGCUCUCGAUCAGCUGCAUCACAAGGAGCGUGAGCUUUGUGAGAC